CCAAUGGCUCCAACUUCCGAUCAAGCACCUGGUCAUAAUAAAACACAAGCUAUUCAAGAUGAGAUUAACGAUACAGUUGGAAUCAUGAGAGAAAAUAUCACACAAGUUGCUGAACGUGGAGAAAGGUUGGAUGCAUUACAUGAUAAAACAGAACAUUUGUCACUCACUUCUCAAGGGUUUAGAACAGGUGCUCAUCGAGUUAGAAAAGAAAUGUGGUGGAAAGAUAUGAAGAUCAAAAUUAUGAUUGGAUUUAUUAUUUUGAUUUUGAUUGGAGUAUUUGUUUUUGGAAAGUUUAAUAAUUGA